AUGGACGCCCUUAUUCACGUUGUCGAAGAAGCUGCAGGAUACGGGUCAGUCUGCGUGGAUGUAACAAAACUUCCAGAAGGAAAUUCCAACAAAGUCUUUGUUAUCACAAUGCAAGAUGGAAAACAGCUCAUCGUCAAAAUUCCAAAUCCCAAUUCGGGGCCCGCUCAUUACACAACGGCAUCUGAAGUCGCAACCAUGCAAUUCGUCCGAGAGAAGCUCCAUAUUCCCGUUCCGAAAGUUCUUGGCUAUUGCUCCAAGGCCCACGAAAGCAAGCUCAGGGUGGAGUAUAUCGUGAUGGAGAAAGCUCCUGGAGUAGAACUUGGUCGAAUAUGGGAAGAGCUCACGGUUCGCGAUAAGCUUUCUAUCGUGAAACAGAUUGCCGCUAUCACCUGCACACUCGCUCGAUCCCAAUUUCCAUACCAUGGUGCACUCUACAGAAGACAAGAUGUUACCCCAUCUGAGAGCUUUGUCCUUGAUGAUGAGUUUGCCAUUAGGCCCACGACUGGACGAGCAUGGUUCGAUAAUAGGAGAGCAGAGGUUGAAGUUCCCCGGGGUCCUUGGACCUCGGCAGAAGAAGUGAUAAAGGCACUGGUUCAGCGAGAAACGACAUGUCUAAAGACAUUCUCAACCUUCCCCCGAGACACUCAGCAAGGCAUCUUUGGCGGGCCCGGUGGUUAUCAUCCAACCAAGGAAGCGAAACUAUCUGUUCUGCGCGACUUCCUCGAAAUCUGUCCUCAUAUUCUUCCCACAGAUGAGAAACUUUCUACCGGCGUGAUUUGGCACAACGACCUUCACAUGCAUAACAUAUUCGUCGAUAUUGAGAAUCCAUCUCAGAUCACAAGCAUUAUAGAUUGGCAAAGCACACCUGUCUAUCCUAUGUUCCUGAUUUGCCAUCAUCCAUCCCUGAUUGAAUAUGAGGGACCGAAGUUGGAUGGGCUUACUAAACCUGUUCUCCCUGAAAAUAUCAAAACACUGGACCCCGAAACCAAAAAGGCAGCAAAAGACUUGUUUCUUUCCCAGUCUUUGUGGCUUACCUAUGAGAUAGAGGUACAAAGAGCUGCACCCGAGCUGUUGCAUACAUUCCGCCGCAGAGAUACAUUGCCUGGCCAAAUACUGGGAACGAUUGGGUCCACCUACGAUGAUGGAGAACCAUACGUACAAAGCUUACUUGCGGAUAUCACCGAAGAACAGGUCUGGAAGCAGGUUGUUGGAGUUGAUGGAAAUGGUAGUCUCAACAUGUUAUGCCCUUUGAGGUAUUCAAAGCAAGACAUUGCAAAGUUCAAGACAGAGUAUGCCAAGUGGGAGAAGGAUGUUGAAAGGAAGGCGCAAGUACUUGAGGAGAUAGGCGUCUAUGUAGGCUGGAAUGGUGCAGUUUCUCCUCAUGAUUAUAAUGAAGUAGUGAGGAGACUGGCUGUGGCAAAGCGGGAUUUCCUGGCUCGGGAAUCAGCGAACGAACAAGAGAGAGCGAUAUGGGAAAGUGUCUGGCCUUUUCAGAAUGUGAAAUGA